AUGGUCCAUUUACCACAGGAAAUACUCGACAAUGUCUUCCUCAACCUCUGGAAUACGGAGCAACCCACGACUGAGCGAUUUCACAACGUUCCGAAAAUCUCUAUUCGUACAAUUCUCAAUUGCCGGCUCGUCGCACGCCGUUGGUUCGAUUCGAAAGCUUUGACUAGCGUCUUUGUCGGUGUGCUUUCCCUGACACCUUUCGUGUGGUACAACCAUCGCCUCCCAGCACUUGAAGAGAUAAGCGAAAUCCCGAAGUACUCUUGCUAUUUCAGUGGGGCGAUCACAAUCUGCGGUAUGGACCUGGGUCUCGUGACUCUUAAAGACCAUGACCGCUGGGGUCCUGGUCGCGAUGAGCUCGACAAGGAGAACUCUGUCACACAUUAUCUUGUGCACCUGCUACGUCGGUUUAGCUGGAUAGAGCACUUUCGAUACUAUCCAAUCCACCCAAACUGCCUCGAUGGCACCUGGCCCAAUUGGGAGGUAACAGACUCAGACCGCACAUCGCUUGAGACGUGCUUCCAAGGAGGACCAGACCGCUCCAGAUACGGUUACCCAGCACUCGAUGAAGGCGAAUACUCUUGGCAAGGUGUCCAGAAGGAGAGCCAGUGGAUUUUUCCCAAGAUCAUGGAAGCGUUCGAGGAGUCCCACGUCUGGUUAAGUACUCUCGAGAGUCCACUGCUUGGUAAUAGGGCGUCGCACUGCGCAAUCACAUUUGGUACUGCCCUUCCUGAAACUGAGGAAAAUCUAUAUUUCGGGCGCGAUCUGUUCAGGUGGUUCCCCAGAGGUUUAAAGCGUGUCGCUAUCACUAUCACCCAGCACAUCAGAAGGCCCCUGUUGAUAUCCGACGGUCUAGAAGAGCUGAAAAACCUUGAGUACCUGGAUAUCACGCUAUCAAGGAGUCCACCGCAUUGUAGCCGAUGGGGCGGGCCUUUCGAUGAACCGUUCCGUCUAAGCUACUCCUUCCUCUCAAAUAUGUCAUACCAACUAGAGAAGCUGAAAGAGUUCCGCCUGAUGGCAGACCAGCAGCAUUUGUUCGAUGAGCACGACAUUAUUCAUUCCAUGAAAAUCUUUCCGAAUGUUAAGAAGCUUGCAUUCGCACAUAUUCUACUGGAUGAACCUGGAAAUUGGAGCAGUCUGCUACAGCGGCUAGCGACCCUCAAUCUCGAAGAAUUACGGUUGCUUGACCCUCGAAAUCUAAAUACCGACUACCGCAUGUUCAAGUACGUCGAGGACGAUCAUCUGUUGUUGGCAGCGCAAAAGGUUCGCCUGAUCGAUACAAACUCAUUGUGGACUGCCGAGACUCAUCCUGGGCUGAGCAGAACUUUCGAGUAUCCUGGCUUUGCUAUCUUCGAAAAGGGCGAAGAUGAUUGUUGA